UGAGUGCAUAAUAUGCUGGUGUUCGGUGCGUAUGACAUUUCAUCGCGUUGCGUAAUCGUUUAAAGGAGCAAGCGAGAGAAAGAGAAGAAGAGCCGAUAGAAUAAAAUCGUGUAGGCGAAUAUAAUCGUGCCUCACGUUACCGUUAAUCCUACGACACUGCCUGGUGCGGAUCAAGAGAUAUGCCGAAGAGUGGAGGCGAGCAUUGCUAGCGCCGAGAAGGAUGCAAGUGGAUUUUCCGCUAACAGAUCGAUAGCGAACAACGAACUGCUUGACACGGGAAAAAUGUCGGCAAUGAAGUCCAGUGGUACGCCGGGCACCACUCGCGUUUUGCCCGUGUUAAGCCACUUCAGAUACGAGCAUUUUGUUGCUGGCAUAUCUGGUGGUGUAGUAUCAACGUUGAUGCUGCAUCCGCUGGACUUGAUCAAAACCAGAUUUGCAGUCAGUGAUGGUCAUAUACACGCGGGUCCACAGUACAAAAGCCUUAAAAGCGCAGUUAUGCAAAUUGUUAAGACUGAAGGAAUCAAGGGACUUUACAGAGGUGUAACACCGAAUGUUCUAGGCUCUGGUGGUGCAUGGGGCUGCUAUUUCUUUUUCUAUAAUACCAUUAAAACUUGGAUCAAUGGGGGAAACAAUAAGAAGUCUUUGGGACCCUGUAUGCAUAUGUUCGCUGCAGCAGAUGCUGGAAUUCUUACUUUAGUUAUGACAAAUCCAUUGUGGGUAGUAAAGACACGUUUGUGUUUACAGUAUAUGGACGAUAAACAUCUUCCAGAAACACUACGGUAUAAUGGAAUGGUAGAUGCAAUUAGAAAAAUUUAUAGAACCGAAGGAGUUAGAGGCUUGUAUAGGGGCUUCAUUCCUGGAAUGUUUGGUGUUUCACAUGGUGCCAUUCAGUUCAUGGUGUAUGAAGAGCUGAAAAAUUGGUACAAUGAGUAUUUGAAUGCACCGAUCGAUUCUAAGUUGAGUACACUGGAAUAUAUCUUCUUCGCGGCAGUUUCAAAAUUAAUCGCAGCAGCAACGACUUAUCCUUAUCAAGUCGUAAGAGCACGUCUUCAAGAUCAUCAUCAUCAUUACAACGGCAGCGUUGAUUGUGUCAAAUCGAUAUGGAGGUAUGAGGGUUGGCGUGGCUAUUACAAGGGCUUGAGCGCGAAUCUGACCAGAGUGACCCCAGCAACCGUCAUCACGUUUGUUGUGUACGAAAACGUUUCUCGUUAUCUUCUACAUAGAAGGGACGAAGACAGAGCACCAUUGCCUUUUCCGGCGAAGAACAUGGAGAAACAAUAAUAAUAAUUUCAUCGACGUCAACGCUUUGUCAAUUGAUCGAUGUAGGGGUGUUCCUUUAACUUGUAGGAAUUCAAAUUUUAAUUUCAAAUUGUUGUUAUUCGAAGUUGAGUAUACCAUCUUUGUUACAGUGUAUACUUUUCUUUAAACAGUCUGUUGGAAAAGCGUUAACUUGCCAAUUACUCGUUCAGAUCAUUAAACAUGUUUAUACAUCACGAAAAUUUUGGUUAAAUUGCACGAAAGCAAGGCGUACUGCAUUUAAUUAAUUCCAAGCAAUUGAUCCGACAAAUCGAUUGAUUUUCUGAACGCAUUUAACGUGUUGUAUCCGCAAAAUUUUCUGUCCUAAGCGUUGCACUUGUAUUCACGUGUUUAUCGUGCGAGGGAAGCAUGCAUUAUAUGUAUGUGGAAUGUAUCGUUAUGAAAAGCAACUGCGAAUAUGGCAACCGAAUUUCUAACGCAAAAUUUUUACGAGCGUUAUCGAUUUACUCAGUUUCAGUACAGACUGUUUGACCGAAAACUAUUGAAACGCACACUACGUACAAAUUUGCGAAUUUUACAAAUUGUGACGUUACAAGUGUUGGAAACAUUGUGUAUGGCUGUUAGGUACCACUUAAUUUGUAGUAAUUGGAUUACCUUAAAUUCCAUUUAUUUUCAAUUGGAUUGGAGAACCUUUAUAAAAUUGUUGGAAAAUAAUUGUGUCCAUCGGUAUGCGCGUACAUAAAAUUUAUUUGGCACGCAACUGAAUGCAAUGUCGAUUUGAGAUUAAUUAAAAUGGAUUCUCACUGUUACUUUUUAUUCUACAAUUGCCUAUAAUUAUCGAUUGUACUCGCAAACACAUGUUAAAAUACUCAUAAAUCCAAGCGACUUAGUUCCUGAAUCACGCGUAUUUAAUAUUAAGCUCUGGAUUUAUGAUGCACUUGCACGAGUGAAAUAUUAAUAAACCUGGUGUUUAUUGCAAUUUAUAAUUAAUUUGACGUUGUAAUUCGAUCAACGGUUAACAAGAUGUAUGAUUUAAUAUACUUUAUUUCACUCGUGUAAAUGCAACGAUACCUUACCAUCUCUCGAUAUUUGUAUCAUUUACAGUGCCUGUAGAACAAGCUUUAUUUCCUCAAAAUUACGAAGAGUAAUUUAGACGCUCAUUACUUAGUAUGUAAAGUAUCUUCGUUUAAUUACUUCUUUGCGACGAUUACUACUUAAGCUUUAUGCUUAUUAUAAAACAUUAUUUAUCUAAAAAGCAA